GGGAAAGCCGUCAGGAGCGACGCGGGACCUUCCGGGCACGAGGCGGCGUGGACCCCAUGGCAGCAGGGACAACAUCUCCAGAUGACGGGAAACUAAUCCCCGACACUGUUUUCCAUACUGCUGAAGAACCACAAGACAAGGAAGGUUUUAUUUUCCGUCCGUGAGGGAACUUUCUCUGGCAAACUGUUGAACAAUAUAUUCUUUUCCCAUGGAUAAAGUUCUCACAAUGCCUCAAGACGCCUGGGAGCUGUUGCACCGCCUGAGGAUGAAGAGCAAGUACGCCAUUCUUCUGGUCUUUGUGGUAGCCCUUGUCAUAAUUGAGAAGGAGAACAACAUCAUCUCAAGGGUUUCAGACAAACUAAAGCAGUCUCCACAGUCCCUGCCGGAAGCCAACAGCACUGAUUCCGGACUGAUGCAGCCAGAGAAUGGCUCCCUCUUGUCCCUCAGUGCACUGGAUUUGGCCUUCUCCCAACUUAAGCACCGGUUGCAGAACAUCACUUUGCAGCUUGGUGGUACUCUGCUGGCCCCCACUCAAAGGACACGAAAACAUGUUCUCUUAAUGGCCACCACCCGUACCGGCUCUUCCUUUGUAGGGGAAUUCUUCAACCAGCAGGGCAAUAUUUUCUACCUCUUUGAACCACUGUGGCAUAUAGAAAGGACCGUGUCCUUCGCUUCUGGUGGUGCUAAUGCUGUGGGAUCAGCCCUUGUCUACAGAGAUGUUUUGAAGCAGCUCUUCCUCUGUGACCUUUACAUUUUGGAAAACUUCAUAAUCCCAUUCCCAGAGGAUCAUCUGACUCAGUUUUUGUUUCGGCGUGGUUCAAGUCGCUCUUUGUGUGAGGAGCCUGUUUGCACACCAUUUGUCAAGAAGGUCUUUGAGAAGUACCACUGCAAGAAUCGUCGCUGUGGCCCCCUGAAUGUGACUCUGGCAGUGGAGGCCUGCCUACAGAAAGAGCAUAUGGCACUUAAGGCAGUUCGAAUUCGACAACUGGAAUUCUUGCGUCCAUUAGCUGAAGAUCCCCGCCUGGACUUGAGGAUAAUUCAGUUAGUGCGGGAUCCUCGUGCAGUGCUGGCCUCUCGCAUGGUGGCUUUCUCAGGUAAGUAUGAAACCUGGAAGAAAUGGGCUAAUGAAGGUGCAGCAACCCUUAAUGAGGAUGAGGUCCAGAGAUUACGGGGCAACUGUGAAAACAUCCGGCUUUCAGCUGAACUUGGUUUAAAGCAGCCAGCAUGGCUCCAGGGUCGCUACAUGCUAGUCCGCUAUGAGGACAUUGCCCGGUCACCCCUCCAGAAAGCCAAGGAGAUGUAUAAAUUCACUGGAAUCACUCUCACCACGCAGGUGGAGGACUGGAUCCGGAAAAAUACGCAGGCCCCUCAAGAUAGCAAUGGCAUCUACUCCACCCAGAAAAACUCCUCUGAACAGUUUGAGAAGUGGCGAUUCAGCAUCCCCUUCAAACUCGCCCAGGUGGUGCAGAAUGUCUGCACUCCAGCCAUGAACCUGUUUGGCUACAAGCUGGCCAACAGUGCUGAGACUCUUACAAACAGAUCCAUCAGCUUGCUAGAAGAGAGGAGGAACUUCUGGGUCACGUAAAGGUUGCCUUCAUUGGUGGAUUUUUUCGAUCAUAGCAUUCUGUGAGUUGAGAAAGAGAGAAUGCAAAAAUAUAUAGAUUGAGGAGGGAACACAUGGGCAGGAAGGGUUGGGGGAGAAGCCAUCCUUGGCUGUUUGGCUUCAGCUUGUCUUGACCAUUCAAGCAAGGUGCUUUUGGCUUUUUCCAGAAGCAGGCAUCACUUGCUGACAUAUUUGAGACUCCCAGGUGGAUUAUAACGUGACCACAAACAUUGACAUGAAGAAGUAUUCUGAAGCUGACACAAAGUAGAGGAUUCAACACUGUGUUUCAGUGUCCCUACCUCACAUCCACAUCAUUUGGUUGGAGAUGUUAUCUCUCAUCGUCACCAAACAUCCAAAGAGAGUGAAUGUUUUAUAUUUAAAAUAAAUUUAACACUUGGAAGAAAAACAUAGGUUUCUAAACCUGCAGAGAAGAUGUGAGAGAAGCAGAGUGUUGCACUGAUCUUGUCUCAGCCUUAAAGAAUCUGUCAAGCAGAUAUUUGGGAAGAGAGGAAGGGAAGGAAAGAAGCUUAUUUAGCCCAAUUGACAGGAAGAAAGCUGACUGCUUCAUUGUGUAGACAGAGAUUGUUUUGUACACAUUCUCCCUGAAACCCUCAGAUAAAUUGAUGCCUUGUUUAAACUGAGGAGGUGUGACUGGUUCACACAGUUCCUUGGGGAAGGGACCCAUGGCAUAGAGCUGAAGUGGCUCUACCCGUAAGCAUAAGACUUUGGGCUACACACAAUUUCAGGCACUUUGUGUGUUUAAACUCAGCGCUUUGAGUGACAGGUUUGAAGCAAACAAGCAAUGACCUAUUCUAAGAGAAUGGAACAACAGUCAUCCUAUAUCUGUGAAUAUCAGCUUUUCUUAUGCCAUUAGUUGUUCUGCUGCCCAGUGGCCUUUCUUUUUUUAAGUCUGUUGUCUGCUUUUCUUACCUCUGAAUCAGUCGUAUUGAUUCUCGUCCGGUGUCUGGGACACUAAAGAGAAGAAUGCCGCUUUCUCAUUUAGUGAAAGAAAGUUGUGGUUUUAAUUGCAUUCUUCUCCUUUAACCCUAUAAUCGGGUUUGUGUUCUUUAAAGUGACAUUGGAAACUGCUAGGACUUCCCCUCUGUAAUUUUUGCGGGAAAGUUUUUCUCCAGACCACAUCUAUUGAAGCAGAAAGAGGAAGUCUUGGAAAGGAGGGAGCAAGCAGACUUGGUCAAGAGCAAGGCAGCAGGAAUGAUUUUUGUAAAAGCAAGAAACAGGAUCUCUGACUGCCACCCUAGAAUUCUUCUUACUCAUUUCUGGUUUAAGAGCUUUGCUUGUUAUUUUCAUUGGUUGCUUCCAGAAGCAAACGUCUACUGAAUUUCAUUUAGCUGUUAAUCUGGAGCACUUAUUAACAUGGUAGAAGGUAUAGCCUGAGUGGGAAUUUGGAAUUUCAUCCCAGAUACACGUGCUUCACAAGUGAAGCCAUGCCAGGAUUUUGAUUGCAUAAAUAAAUGCAUGCAUGCAUGCACUGGCCUAGGGCAACCAAACCUGGUGUUCUCCAAACCUGGUUGGACUACAAACCCCACCCCCACCAAUUCCCAGGUAUUUUGUUUAAAUGGUAACAUUUUCAACAUUGGGAAUGUUGACAUGGAUUUUCACGCAUCACUGAGUUGAUAAAUGGAUGGAUUAACAUCAGGGCCUGAACACACACACACACACACACACACCCUCCAAAGAAUAGUAGUAUGUUUGUCACCUCUCUGUGCAGAUUCAUUAACAACCAGAGUUCCUCAUGGUGCUACUGAUUGUCCUGCAGUGCUAAUUUAACACCUAGCAAAAAAACAAAAAAAAACCAUUUUUUCUGCAGCAGGAAGAACAUUCAAUGCUUCAGCUGUUUUUGUCCCUCAUCCUUAAACAAAACACAAAAGGCAAUCAUUCAAAUAGCCAUUUCUUUUCUUUUUCUUCUUUUCCAUGGAGCGCUGCAGUGAAUAAGCGACCACAUUUGUUUUGAUUCACUCAAAGUCACAAAGAUCGGCAUGACCGUCAUUCUGUUUCAUGGCAUUGAUUGAGUGAAUAGGAAUGGGCUUUGCGUUGAUGUGGCAAGAAUGUGUAACGAUGAGUUUGCCUUUCCCUCUUGUUUGCCUGCAAGAAAAAGUACCUGCUUCCAGACAUAACAGCAUAUGAUAAUGCAGAUUUAUUUCUGAAUAAAGUGGUUCUGAGAUACCAUUUAGUUCCUCCAAGUGUUGGCCAAAAUCAGAACCUUAAGGCUGUACAGCCCCACUGGAUGUCUGAAUUGCAGACAAAGCUGGAUUUUCUACAAAGUAUCAAGAAGGAAAAAGAUGGCGCGUCAGCUAACAUCCCCACAAUUGAUUCCAUUCACAUUUGUGAUAUGGCUUUCCCACUUACUACUUCACUGGUAGUAUUUAUUUGAAGGGUAAGUAGUGGCUGGUUCACAUAUUCAGAUUAAUUGGUAAAGUGGUGCCAUUUCUACAUGAUUCAUACAAUGUGUCAACUUACUCUCAACUAUAAGUCAUAGCAGUCUUUCAGUUGGUGGCCUGCUCCAUCUCUGUUAAUUCAUUGCAAGGAUGCAUUGUCUUCUCGCACCAGGUGGGUGCUCUUGCACAUAACUUUUUGUCUGCAACAAGCCUUUCGGAUAUCCCUGUGUAACCUUGGAUAUGCUCUACUUCAGGACUACAUCCAAUUCUCUUAGAUGGAGUGUGUUGAAAUAUUCUGUCCGUCCUACAAAAACAUUCUGAAUUAGAUGUUUCAACCAGCAUUGUAUUUACUGUGCAACAGUGUUUUCCUUUUGUGAUAGACUAUUUUUAUGUUUCUCGGUGUGGUGGUGGUGGUGGAGCUUGGAAAUUUAUCUUAAUUUUUUUAUGAUUAUUUAUGUCAAAGAGCUAGGGCUUGAUAAAGCCACAACUUCCUGCCUUAUUUUGAAAUUUCUGUUCUUUUCUUUUUGAAUGCUGUAAACUCUGCAGUUUGUUAAUUUAUUUAUUGUAUGGAGAAGAUAACAGUUGCUUUAUUAGAAGGAAUCAAAAGUGCACAAAAAUAAAAGCAAUUUU